CAAAUAUAAAGACUCAACCAGUGAUUCAUCUUGUUGUUAAUUAGCCACUUUGUCAACAUGUUAUAUCAUAUAUAUAAAGCAUGGCCAAGUACCAAAACUACAUUCCAUUCUAAAUAAGAUCAAACUUUUCUUUGAAGAAUCUCUACCAAAAAGCACGAAAUUUGAUUUUGAAACCUGGGAUCAAGAAUGAUCAAGAGAAUUUCUCUAGUUUUGGUGCUUAUUUUGGUGUCAUGGGCAUUCCAGGCUACACGGCCCCCACCACCUAAAAUAUGUGGCUCCCCUGGAGGACCACCUAUCACUGCUCCUAGAAUAAAGCUUAGAGAUGGAAGGUUUUUGGCCUACAAAGAGUAUGGUGUUGCAAAAGAAUCUGCCAAACAUAAGAUCGUCUAUGUUCAUGGCUUUGGAUCCUGCAGACAUGAUGUGAUGGUUGCAACAGCCCUCUCUCCGGAGACUAUUGAAGAACUACAGGUUUAUGUGGUCGGAUUUGACAGACCAGGCUAUGGAGAAAGUGACCCAGAUCCUAACCGCACAGUAAAGAGUCUGGCUUUAGAUGUAGAAGAGCUUGCUGAUCAGUUGGGACUUGGAUCCAAAUUUUAUGUGAUGGGAUUUUCCAUGGGUGGCCAGGCCAUAUGGGGUUGCCUCAAGUAUAUCCCCAACAGGCUUGCAGGAGCAGGACUCAUUGCUCCUGUGGUCAACUACUGGUGGCCUUCUUUUCCUAAAAACUUGUCCUCUGAGGCCUAUUACCUACAUCUACCACAGGAUCAAUGGGCACUCCGAGUAGCUCACUACCUACCAGGGCUAACCUACUGGUGGAACACUCAGAAGUGGUUUCCUUCAUUAAGUCUUAUAGUUGAGAAACUGGAAAUUUUCUCUCCUCAAGAUUUACAACUUAUCAUGAAAAUGCUCUCAGUUCCUAAUCAUGAGAGAGAAAAAUACAAGAUGCAAGUCAAACAGCAAGGAGAAUUCGAGUCUGUGCAUAGAGACUUAAGUGUUGGAUUUGGGAGUUGGGAAUUCGAUCCAAUGAAAGAUCUGAAGAACCCUUUUCCUAACAAUGAAGGCUCUGUCCAUCUAUGGCAGGGUGAUGGAGAUAGGCUUGUCCCCGUAGCGCUGCAACGCUAUAUUGUUGAUAAGCUUCCAUGGAUUCGGUACCAUGAACUAGCAGGUGCUGGACACAUGUUUCCCCUUUCCAAGGAAAUGAGUGAAACUUUAAUGAAACAGUUCCUGAUUGGAGAGAAGUAGGUUGCAUUAUUCUCCAUAUAGGACUUUGUGGAAAUGAACUUUGACGAAAGAGACCAUAGCUGAUAGUAUAAUAAGCAAUGAGUAUGUCUAUGUUUGUAGUCACAACUCACCAUAAUUAUUCAAGAUGAGAACAUUUCCCAUGAAAAGCAAUAGAGCUUUCUUUUUUAUUA